CCCUCCUUGUACGUUAAACUCUGAAGAUGUCGCACAUUUAGAAAGAAUUAGAGAACGGUCAUGUUUAGCACCGAAAUGCUUAUCGUCAUUUGUAAGACCAAAACGUAGUACAGGCGUGGGACCGCGCCCUAUUGAUGCUGGUAGUCAAACAGUGCUUAACCCUGUAUCUUCACAGAAAGCAAAUCAGCCGAGUCCAUAUUGCCCAAGUAGUCUAAGAGAUCCCACAAGAACUUGCCCCGGCAUGCCCGCGAGUACGUCCAACCAAUCUUCGUAUCAAGACAGAAGAACAACGCUCACCGGCACACCUAUAGAAACUGAUAGUCGAGGCGAAGUGCAGCCAAAUAUCAUGGUAAACGAAUACUACUGGGAUACACCCCAGGCUCCUCCCAAGGGACCAGAACCUGUAUCACAGCGGCCUAGCAGGGCUCAGGCACAGCCCUCCUUCCCGCAGAACAUGCCUUGUGACGACGUGUGCCCGAGUCCCGCCAUGAAGUCCCAACGCUGCCCUCACUGCGCCCAACAGAAAUACUACCAGAUGCCUCAAGACAAGUCCUCUCAUGGGUCCUUGCCCUGCUCUCGACCGACGUGGAAACCCUGGACGCCUAGCAUCAAUCCAAUAUCACCUCCGUGCCAGUCAACUCCACUUAGCUCUCCAGGAAUGUCAUUCCGAUACAAUAACGAAAACAGAGUGCCCAGACGAGACGGGCUUCAGGACCAAACAUCGUGCAGCAGACCUUAUAGGAAGGAGCGAGUGAUAGAGUUAGGCUCUUUAGAUGACUUAAGUCGACCGAGACCGAAAAAACGGAACGAUAACAAUUUUGAUUGGAGCUACGCGAAGUUUUCAGACGACGAUAACUUCUGGGGAACACCGUGUAUGAGGCGAGUCAUUCUGGAUGAAGGGAUUGAUGAACCGAUUCUAAUGGAGAGGGAGAAGAGAGAAGAACGAGUGAGAUGUAACUGCAAAGAGAGACUGGUCCCUAAAUGUGACCCUCGGGGUCCGACCAGGAGCUACAAUCAACCACCGCACCAGAGCCGCAAUGAAGAGUCCAAUACUCUAAAGAGAUGUUCUAAGUGUUGUGGCAUCCACUGCCCGUAUCCCAGCUAUUUGUAUUUUCGACAGUAAUUAUGUGAAAGUGUUGUGUCGUCCCAUAAAUGUUGUGCUGUUGUAUUUGAAAUUAAAAUUCUAAGAUCACUA